AAGAAAAUAAAAUGCCCGCACGGUUGGCAAAGAUACCUUGUGAGCUUUAAUUACUUCAGUUUAUAGGAGCUUUUGGUUGGUUAUGUGAAGCUCUGUUUUUCUCUGCAAAUUAAAAUGGCUACAAAAAUUGAACAUUUGGAGAAGAAUUCUGCAGACAAUAGUAAGGAAAGGCUACUAGUGUUUGGGAGCCUAGAAAAUGAAAAUGAAAAUGAAAAUGGAAGGAGUGGAUGCAUGUGCAGCUUCAAGUCAAUGCAAGGUAAAAUUACAGAGUUGCGGUAUGAUCUGCAAGAAUUUUCGAGGAAAGUGUGGGAAAUGGGACGCUCUGAUCCCCGGAAAUUCAUUUUCGCCAUUAAGAUGGGAGUGGCAUUGUCCAUUGUGUCCAUGCUCAUCUUCUGCAAAGAAUUAUCGCCCGAUAUUAACCAGUACUCCAUCUGGGCAAUUCUCACGGUGGUUGUCAUGUUUGAAUUCAGCAUUGGAGCAACCUUUAUUAAAGGAUUCAACCGCGGAUUGGGAACGUUAUGUGCUGCAAUACUUGCCACCUUCUUUGCAGAGCUCUCUCUGUUGGCUGGCAAAGGGGAACAAAUUGUAAUUGUAAUAAGCGUUUUCAUAACAGCUUCUUGUUCAGCCUAUUUGAAACUCUACCCAACAAUGAGCCCAUACGAGUAUGGUUUUCGAGUAUUCAUACUGACAUACUGUAUCCUCAUGGUAGCUGGGAAUAGGAAUGGAGAUUACACCGACGCCAUUGUCACUCGAUUAGUGCUUAUUGCAGUUGGAGCCGGUGUGACUUUGGCGGUAAAUAUAUGCAUUUACCCCAUUUGGGCAGGCGAGGAUCUGCACCGAUUGGUGGUAACAAAUUUCAGGGAUGUUGCAACUUCUUUGGAAGGCUGUGUUUCUCGGUACCUGGAAUAUGUUGAAUAUGAGAGAAUCCCUUCAAAAAUUCUCACUUACCAAGCAUUUGAUGAUCCCCUGUACAAGGGCUACAGGUCAGCCGUGGAAUCUACUAGUCGUGAGGCAACUUUGUUGGGAUUUGCUAUCUGGGAACCACCUCAUGGCUGUUACAAAAUGUUCAACUAUCCUUGGAGAAACUAUGUCAAAGUGAGUGGCGCGUUGAGGCAUUGCGCAUUCAUGGUCAUGGCGCUGCAUGGAUGCAUUCUAUCAGAAAUACAGGCCCCGGCAGAAAGGAGACUCGUCUUUCGUAGUGAGCUGCAGAGGGUUGGUGCAGAGGGUGCUAAAGUCUUGCGGGAGCUUGCAAACAGAGUAGAGAAAAUGGAGAAACUGAGCCCCGGAAACAUUCUCAAGGAAGUGCACGAGGCAGCAGAGCAGCUGCAAAAGAAGAUAGACAAUAAAUCAUACCUUCUAGUCAAUUCAGAGAGCUGGGAAAUUGGAAGCAGACACAAUGAACUGAAAGAUCCCGAGAAUUCUCACGACGAAAAAAAUUUCCAAUUAGGCUUUAAGUCCCUCAGUGAAGCUGUUCUUGACCUGAGAUCAGCAAAUGGCUCCUCAGACGAUAUGUUCAGGAAGCAAAUCAUUCCGUGGCCUUCGCGUCUGUCACUCACCGGGGAUGCAGUCAUUAAGGAUGAUGAAAUCAGAACAUAUCAAAGUGCAAGUGCCUUGUCGUUGGCCACAUUCGCUUCACUUCUGAUUGAAUUUGUUGCGAGGCUGCAAAAUGUGGUUGAUUCUUUUCAAGAACUGAGCGAAAAAGCGCGGUUUAAGGAUCCCACUGUCAAUCCAGUGGCUGAGGUAAAGAGGGUUGUGUUUUGGACUAAACUCAUUAGGUUCUUCAGGUUCAAAAAUUGAUAUCUUGAAGAAGUCAUUUUAUGUAAAUUUUGGAGCCAAAUGUCCAUGCCUAUAGGAGUAAUGUGUUUUAUCUGUUUAGGAUUCUAGAUUUCAUUUUUAACAAAUGUUCUGAUCUCUUGAGCACCAAAUGUCCAUUCCUAUUAGUAGUUAAUAAAAUAAAAAAAAAUAAAUAAAAA